UAAUAUGAACAGUAAAAUUGUAAUUGUUACAUUGGCAUUAAUUGGCCUAGUACAAUGUGAAUUAGCAACUACAUCAUUGAAAUCCGCUAGCGAUAGUCAAAUUGUAGUAUCACCUAGAUCAAAUGGUCAAAUAAGCGAUGCUGGUCGUCACAUUUUAGAUAAAAUUACCAAGGCCCGAUCCACUAACUACACAAUAGGUGUCUACGAAAAUAUUGACCUGAAUAGUGUCAAACAAAAUGCUAGUCUAAUUGUUGGUGCAUUUAUGAACCUAACGGCAGAUUUCACGGGUCAACCCUGUCUUACCGUAGACGAGGACAACAUGUGGCGGACAACUGAUAACAAUUGUUAUGCAGUAUUAGCCGAAAAAGUUUUGCAUACAUUGAACGGUCCGUACAAUCUGGUUAUCGGUGAGAAAGCCUACUUGAAUGUCGACUUUUUCUUCAAAUAUACGGAAGCAAUGUAUGAAUUUUUUUUGGGACCCCUGUAUUUCUGUGUAAUUCAAAUCAAUUAAAUUAAUCA